UCCAUCUCGCCGGAUCGACGCACAGUAUAGAAAUAAGGGUGAUUUUGCAGAAAGACGCCAGACAGGACAGUGGACGAAGCCCGAGUCGAGAAAAGCUCUUCCCCCCUGUCCCAGCAUCCGCAGCUCACCAUGAGGGAAAUCGUUCACAUCCAGGCUGGACAGUGUGGAAAUCAGAUCGGGGCGAAGUUUUGGGAGGUGAUCAGCGACGAGCACGGCAUCGACGCCACCGGCAGUUACCAAGGUGAUAGUGACCUGCAGCUGGAGAGGAUAAACGUCUACUACAAUGAGGCCUCGGGCAGCAAAUUUGUGCCACGUGCCAUCUUGGUGGACCUGGAACCUGGGACCAUGGAUUCUGUUCGCUCCGGUCCAUUUGGACAGCUCUUCAGACCUGACAACUUUGUCUUUGGUCAAAGUGGAGCUGGAAAUAACUGGGCCAAAGGUCACUACACAGAGGGAGCUGAGCUGGUGGACUCGGUUCUGGAUGUGGUGAGAAAGGAGUCGGAAAACUGUGACUGCCUUCAGGGCUUUCAGCUUACACACUCCUUGGGUGGAGGCACAGGUUCAGGGAUGGGCACACUGCUCAUCAGCAAAAUCCGUGAGGAGUACCCUGACCGGAUCAUGAACACCUUCAGUGUCAUGCCUUCCCCUAAAGUGUCUGACACCGUGGUGGAACCUUACAAUGCCACCCUUUCUGUCCACCAGCUUGUGGAAAACACAGACGAAACGUUCAGCAUUGACAACGAGGCCCUGUAUGACAUUUGCUUCCGCACCUUGAAGCUUACCACACCAACCUAUGGAGACCUAAACCACCUGGUGUCAGCCACCAUGAGUGGGGUGACCACCUGCCUCCGCUUCCCUGGCCAACUCAAUGCCGACCUCCGCAAGUUGGCAGUCAACAUGGUGCCCUUUCCUCGCUUACAUUUCUUCAUGCCAGGUUUUGCACCCCUCACGAGCCGUGGCAGCCAGCAGUACCGUGCCCUUUCUGUUCCAGAGCUCACUCAGCAAAUGUUUGAUGCCAAGAAUAUGAUGGCAGCGUGCGACCCCCGCCACGGGCGCUACCUUACUGUUGCAGCCAUAUUUCGUGGGCGGAUGUCUAUGAAAGAAGUGGAUGAGCAGAUGUUGAGCGUCCAGAACAAGAACAGCAGCUACUUUGUGGAAUGGAUUCCCAACAAUGUCAAGACAGCCGUUUGCGACAUUCCCCCUCGUGGCCUCAAGAUGUCUGCCACCUUUAUCGGGAACAGCACAGCCAUCCAAGAGCUCUUCAGGAGAAUCUCGGAGCAGUUCACUGCCAUGUUCCGUCGCAAGGCCUUCCUUCACUGGUACACUGGAGAGGGAAUGGAUGAGAUGGAGUUCACUGAGGCUGAGAGCAACAUGAACGACUUAGUGUCAGAGUAUCAGCAGUACCAGGAUGCCACUGCUGAUGAAAUGGGUGAAUAUGAGGAAGACGAAAUAGAAGAUGAGGAAGAUGUGCGGCACUGAUUAGACAUCGGCAUUGAACUUGUUUUAGAAUACAUGUAGUAUGCUUGAGAUACAAAUGUUUAAUUUAAUAUUGCAGAGUGCAGAUUAAAAACUAAAUGCUUAUUCUAAAUAAUGCUGCUGAAACACAUUGCUAUUGCCAAAGCUAAUUAGUGGUGUUAGGACCUGACAAAAGUGAGAGAUGAUGUAUUUUGUUUCCACAAUAAUGCUUUGCCAAUGUAAGAACAAGCUCAGACAUUUGCUUUACACAGUUUUGUAACAAACACUUCAUCAAGCAUCUGUGGUCUACAAUGUACAAUAAACAAUUCAAAUUAAACUUCA